AUGGUGGACAUGGCAGCAGGAAACCACUGCACAGUGACUGAGUUCUUCUUGGCUGGGCUCUCAGAGAAGCCAGAACUCCAGCUGCCCCUAUUUGUCCUCUUCACAGUCAUCUAUCUGUUCACUGUGGCAGGGAACCUGGGCAUGAUUAUAGUGAUUGGGCUCAGUUCAUACCUGCACACACCCAUGUACUAUUUCCUCAGCAGUCUGUCCUUCAUUGACUUAUGUCAAUCCACAGUUGUAACCCCUAAAAUGCUGACUAGCUUUCUGACAGAGAAGAAUCUCAUCACCUACACUGAAUGCUUGUCUCAGCUCUACUUUGCCAUCAGUUUUGGAACUGCAGAGUGUUACACAUUAGCUGCAAUGGCAUAUGACCGCUAUGUUGCCAUUGGAAACCCAUUGCUUUACAAUGUAACCAUGUCCUAUCAGAUUUACUGUUCUUUGAUUUCAGGGGUAUAUAUGUAUUCUCUAUUCUGUGCAUCAGUAAACACGGGCUUCAUGUUUAGGAUUCAGUUCUGUAAAUUAGAUGUGAUCAAUCACUAUUUCUGUGAUCUUCUUCCCCUCUUGAAUCUUGCAUGCUCUAAUACCUAUAUGAAUGAAAUGUUGAUUCUAUUUUUUGGCACACUGAAUAUUUGUGUCCCAAUGCUGACUGUUAUUACUUCCUAUGUCUUCAUCAUUGCCAGCAUCCUCCGUAUUCGAUCCACAGAAGGCAGGUCCAAAGCCUUCAGAACUUGCAGUUCCCACAUCUCUGCUGUUGCUAUCUUCUAUGGUUCUGUUGCAUUCAUGUACUUACAGCCAUCAUCAGUGAAUUCGAUGGACCAAGGGAAAGUGUCCUCUGUGUUUUACACUACUGUUGUACCCAUGUUGAACCCCUUGAUCUACAGCCUGAGGAAUAAGGAUGUCAGUGUUGCACUGAAGAAGAUACUUGAAAGAAAAGAAUUUAUGUAA